GAAAAAAACCCGUUUCAAAUUUCAAUUUCACCUUCUUCAUUUUUCCAAUUUCAAUCAUCAGUGAAAUCACUUACUGUAACUUAAAACGAACAAGCUGAUCGGUGAUCGCGAACUCCGUCCAGCACAAUGGCGACCUCCGUCGCUGUCGGCAGCACUCUAACGGCGUACGAUCGCCGGAUUAUUAAUGUAGUAAACGUCGGCGCGUCGAGUCUCUCUUUUGCUGGUUCCACCUUCAUUGUACUUUGCUACCUUCUCUUCAAAGACCUCCGCAAGUUUUCCUUCAAGCUCGUUUUCUAUCUCGCACUUUCAGAUAUGCUUUGCAGUUUCUUCAGCAUAAUAGGGGACCCAUCCAGAAAUUUCUUUUGUUAUGCUCAAGGAUAUAGUACACAUUUCUUUUGUGUGGCAUCUUUCCUUUGGACGACAACAAUUGCUUUUACCCUUCACCGGACUGUUGUAAAACACAAAACAGAUGUUGAAGAUUUGGAGGCAAUGUAUCAUUUAUACGUCUGGGGUACUUCCCUGGUUAUGACAGUUAUGCGCUCCUUUGGUAAUGACCAUAGACAUUUUGGUACAUGGUGUGGGACUCAGACAGGUCUUACAGGGAAGGCAGUUCAUUUUGUUACAUUUUACAUGCCACUGUGGGGUGCAAUUCUAUAUAAUGGGUUUACAUACUUGCAAGUAAUACGCAUGCUGAAUAAUGCAACCCGUAUGGCAAGUGGCAUGUCAGGCCAAGCUUAUGUCUCAGAUACAAGAGACAACAUGAGGGCUCUAAAUCGCUGGGGAUACUAUCCGCUAAUUCUAAUAGGAUCAUGGGCUUUUGGCACUAUUAACCGAAUUCAUGAUUUUUUUGAACCUAACCAAAAGAUUUUUUGGCUCUCACUUCUUGACGUUGGAACGGCUGCCCUUAUGGGCCUCUUUAACUCAAUUGCAUAUGGCCUCAAUUCUUCUGUUCGCCGGGCAAUUUGUGAAAGACUAGACAAGUUCUGGCCCGAGCGACUGAACAGAUGGCUCCCUAACAAUUUCAAGUACAAGAGCUUAUCGCAAGAAAGUGAACUCGCCGUGUUCAAAACUGAAGAUCAAUGAUAGUGUGGAUCCUCCAUAUUUCCUUUUGGCAGUUUUCAUGUUUACGGAAUUGCUGGUUGUUUCAUAGACAACAAAGGAUCCACAGGCAGCAUCGAUUCUGGGUUAUUUGUUGCUCUGAAUGCUUCAAUUACAUGAAUCAUGACUUUCAUUCUAUGAAAUUUACACUGACGACUAUCUAUCCUUCUCGAACUAAUCAGAUGAUGGACCUGUUCAUGUCGUGUGUCUUUGGUUGCUGUAAAUAUCCUCAAAUUGAAGACCAUUGUUACUGCAGUGCUUUUUAUAUUUUCCAAAAAAGCUCAAAUUAUCGUGUCAUGAUUCAUCUUUUAAAAGUCUUAACCUCAAGCUUUACUGUAUGGUCUUGUAUCUGCUUAUAAUUUCUGCGAUAGAACGUUACCUUGAUUUUAUUCAUGUUAUACUUAAGGUUAGGUGUGCUUUCAGAUUGUUACAAAUUGCUAAACAACUUUCCAAAUUCGAUGGUCAUCAUAUGGUUCAUUGCCAACAGUAGAAAUACGUGUGAAAUAGACAUGUCCAUGUCGUUUUUCUUUAUUCAUUAUUAUAACCUUAUUGUCCUCUUCAUUCCCAA